UGGGGAGUUUUACACAGCAUACAAAAGGGAAGUUAAAUGAUUGAUACUCUCACAUCCAUGAAUAACAAGGUUCCAGCUAAUUACUGUUUCGAUAAAAGCAACGUUAGUCUUACGACUCGUGAGAUCACGAUUAUCUCUCUUCCAUGUCCAUAACCCUCGACGACCGUGACUUUAGUUUCACUUAUGACGGUUCAUGGUUUCAGGGCGGUCAAGCGGGAUUCGAAUACGAUAAUACUACCACAGGAACGAAUACGGCAGGUUCGAUGGCCUUGUUCAAUUUUUCUGGUGUCAGUGUUAGCGUCUUUGGUACCGUCGGUCCCAUCAAUUAUGCGGGGCAAGAUGUGGGAGCCCCGAUCUCAUCAUACCAGGUUGAUGAUCAACCUGCAGUGACUUUUACAGCUCCUGCACAAGGAGGAACUCUGUAUCACUACAACUUUUUUACUUCUCCAACAUUGGGCAAUGGUCCACACCAAUUAAAAAUCACCAAUCUCAAUCAGAGCAGCUAUCUUUGGCUUGACUAUGUUCAGUAUACCCCGUUGUCAGCGACAUCACCUAGCCCGUCAUCUCCGGCAACUACCAAUAGUCAACAACCCAUCCAAAUAUCAUCUUCGACUACUUCCGAACCUCUGACUAACACAUCGACAUCGUCAUUGCCAGUCCCUCAGACUGCAGUACAAACUACCAAUAAAAACAAUGCGCCAGUGAUUGGAGGUGUGGUCGGAGGGGCAGUACUGGUUGUGGCUGUACUGGCGCUGAUUUUUUACCUGCGGAGACAACGCAAUGCUCAAGCAGUAGUCGGAGAAACAAAUGUGGACAAUGCUCUCAACCCUUUCGUAUCUCAGGUUCGCAGCAACCACCCCUUCUCGAUCACGUCGAACGCGUCUCUCGUUGGGCUCGGUGAUUGGCCCCGUUCAAACCGUCCCCAGUCUUCUGUUGUCCCACCAUCUGUCGUAGGCAUUUGGAAUGUGAGUCGUGUUGAGGACUUGGAGGCCGAUACUUUCUUCCCUCCCCAGAUAGCCAACGAGGAACAAGUCUACCUACAUGAAGACGGUGGUGUCCGUAUAACUGGUGGUCCGUUCCGCGGACAGGUGGACAUUCCUCCCGAGUAUCGAGAGUACUUGUGAUUAAUUUGCGUAGUCUUCACAAUGAUUUGUCCGGCAGAUGCAUUCACUGUCCUGCCAAAAUUCAGACUCCUUAAAGUGCUGCCGUACACUUUAAUUCAGCAUCAAGGACCUCUGAUUA